AUGGCCUCAUCAGCUAGAAUCCUUGAAUUCUUCAAGCAUGCAAAGUUACCUAUUUUUGGGGUACUUGGUGUAUGUACAGCUUGUUAUAUACAUGAAGACUAUCAAUAUAAUAAUAUGCCACUAAUAUUAAAUGAAGACAUGUUGGAUGACAUGGGAACAUUUAGUUCGGCAAUAGAAGCAAUGCAUCAGAUCUCUACAAACCGACUCACCGGUUUACAAAACGAUAGAUUUGAUAUGAUGUUGGCUCAUAUGGCAGGUAAAAGGAGGUUGCCUCUAGGUACAAGCGAGAAUAUCGAUCGUCUACUAGAUUUGGAAGCCGGUGCCAUCCCUAUCCUCGAGUACUACAUCUCACACAAGACGUCAAUGGCCAACGAGUAUCAUCGGGCCAGUAUUAGACUCUCAAAAACUGCCCUCUCCAACCAUAUGUUGGUUGGCAACGGUUUUGACUCUGAUCCUCGACUCGAUGAAAUCAUCAAGAAACGUGCUCACCAGAGUACAUACUUUGCACCACGGUUCGAAGAUUUCUCGUUACUUGUCAAGAGCCAGGUAGCCACCCCGGUUGUUGGAUUUAUCUAUGGUUUGUUAAGAAGUGGUGGCAAGACUGCGAUGGGGUACAGGACAUCGAUUGCUACGACCGCACUACCCUUUACAUUGGUUGGUAUCACUGAAAUAGCAGAUUACAUUGGUUUUAAAGCAAGAGAGAUGAAUGGUGACACGUUUAGUUCUAGGGUUUUCGGUACUUCCAUCACUAUCUUUUCUCUGUACCCAAUGCUACGUGCUGUACAAGCACUACGUCGCUUUUCUCCGUACUUGUUGGGAUCGUGGUUCAGCAGUAUCCUGGCAUCAGGCAUUUCAAUCUAUGCCUUUGAUAUUGGUGAUAUGACAAAUCCACCCCAGCACAUUUACAAAUCAGUCCCCGUUCUUGAUGCCAUUGGUAACUCACAAAUCUAUUCCUACGGUGACCAUAUCCCAACCAAACCUAAUCUAUUUGGUAAUUUAACAAGAGAACAAGUAUUUGGUGAAGAUGAAAAAGAAAAUGAAGAAAAUGAAGAAAACGAAGAAGAUAAUAAUAAAGAAGAAGAAGAAAAGGAAGAAGAUAAUCAAUAA